AUGUGUACUAUGGCCUUCUUCCAGAUUGUGUUUUACGAGGACAAGAACUUCCAGGGCCGUCACUAUGAGUGCACCAGUGACUGUCCCGAGAUGCACGGACACUUCAGCCGCUGUAACUCCAUCAGGGUGGACAGCGGCUGCUGGGUGGCCUACGAGAAGUCCAACUACUCUGGGUACCAGUACAUGCUGCACAAGGGGGAGUACCCCGAGUACCAGCGCUGGGCUGGCUUCAACGACUGCAUCCGCUCCUGCCGCAUGGUGCCUCCAUACAACGGGAACUAUAGGAUGAAGAUCUUUGAGCGCUCUGACUUCGGUGGCCAGAACAUGGAGCUAAGUGAGGACUGUCCCAACCUUCACGAGCGCUUCAACACCCGGGACAUCUCCUCAGUCAACGUGAUGGAGGGCUACUGGAUGCUGCAUGAGCAUCCCAACUACAGGGGGCGCCAGUUCUUCCUGCGUCCUGGCGAGUACAGGAGGCACAGCGAGUGGGGCAGUGCCACUCCCACCAUCGGGUCUCUUAGAAGGGUCACUGAAGCUAACUGA